CAGCCUGUAGUCAAAAUGUGUGGCAUCACAUCGGCUAGAGAUGCAGAAAUGGUUGUAGAGGCAGGAGCUAAACUUAUCGGCAUGAUACUGUUCCCUAACUCUAAACGCUCCGUCUCAUUAUCAGAGGCAAAAGAAAUAUCAAUAGUUGCACAAUCUUAUGGUGCUGAAUCAGUUGGUGUCUUUGUGGAUGAUGAUGAAGAGACAUUCUUACGAGUGUCUGAUUCAUGUGACCUUAACUUAAUCCAGCUCCAUGGAGAUGAAUCUCGUGCAUUGAUUCAUACUAUUUCAAAGAAUAAUUGUAUCAUUUUUGUACUAAAUGCUGAUGGCAAUGGAAAACUAAUCAACGCUCCUCCUGAUAUGGAAUAUGAACUUGAUUGGUUUUUACUGGACAAUGUAAAAGGUGGAAGUGGAAAGGGAUUCAACUGGCAGAAGUUCCAAAUGCCAUCUGUCAAAAGCAAGAAUGGAUCUGGAGGACUUCAUGCAGAUAAUGUUUGUGAAGCCUUUUCUGCUCUGAAACCAAAUGGAAUUGAUGUUAGCAGCAGCUUAUGUGCUCCAGAUGGCAUCCGAAAAGACACCAAUAGGAUUUGUUCCUUCAUAAGUAAUGUAAAAUCCGUGAGUUGCAGAUCAUAA